UGCUCGGAAGUAUGGUUUCCACAACUGGCGAUCAACAUAGCCCAUUGUUAUUAUUGUGCAAUCUCACACAUUUUUGACCUUUUGAGCACUUUUAUGGAAGCAAAAGAAACUAAUAUACAUUUAUAGAUAUUACGCAAAUAUAUUGCUUGGCGUACGCAAGGGACUGGUGAAAGUGAAAAUUGAAAAUUGCUAUUAGUGACAUGUCGGGGUUGAGGACAAGUUUAAUCACUUUCACUCUGGGUGCCUUGGUAGUUGUAUCCACAGUCACUAGCAUUGCACAUGCCCUGCCUUCACCUCAGUCAUCAAGCAAUGUUUCUACUGACUGUAUUAGCCUGUCUCAGGUUCAAAUAUCAACAGACUAUGUGGAGAGGCCUGGACAAGGUCCAGCAGCUUACACUGGUGACAAUGUGACAGUCACCUUUAAUGUGUCAUUCGGUGCCCUGGAUGCCAGUGUUUUUGACUUGGAGGUUGUUUCCCUGAAGAUACCGCAUUUCACUUAUUCCAAUAACUGUGCUUCUGAUAUCAAUAACAUUACAACCUGCAAUGUCACGUUUCAAAGCUAUGUUGAAGUGCUGAAUACAGAAGUACAAGUUGUAGAUGGUGUAGACUUUCUCCAGGCUAAUUCAACCACCAUUACAACUACACCAAAAGCUGUUGAUUUUUCAUGGGGAUCAAACUUUGCCGAUUAUGGGAAUUUCUCCAAUACUACUCUACAGUUUACUGUAGUACUGAGAGUAAAUGAGUCUGUGACACCAGCAACAUCGUAUAACUUCACUGCUGCAGUUAAUACAACAUGUGAUGCCUUGAAUUAUGGAAUGGUGUCGUCUUCCAAAUCUCUGUUCAUUGGGAAGGUGGAUGUCCUCAUCAAUGUGUUCUCCAAUCCACAGAAAGUGCAAGCUGGGGAUACAGCACACUUUUGGAUGUACGUUAGGCCAGCGGAGUCUGUGCUUGGAAAUUUAACUGUUAAUCAGAUUAAAGUUAACUUGGGUCAACAUACCAAUUUCCUUGCUGCAUCCCUGGCGGCUCCAACAAUGACAAAUCUCUCCAUAUCAGAGAAUGUCUUAACCACUACUGGAUUUUCCAUUGGUGUCCUGGGACAUGGUCCGAGCCUGGAUGCCAAUGUUGAUGUCAAUGUGACUGUCAAAGAUACCGUUCCUCUUGGUGGUGUUGCUUUUGGUGGCGCUGUUACAUUGCUGUAUCAGCAUGGUUUGACAGCCCUGUCAUUUUUCCUGGCCUUGCUGCUGGGGGCAGCCAUUGUGUUCUUGAUAGUUGUGGUGUAUGUUAAAGUAGCAAAGAAUGGCAUUGGUAAUGAAGUUGCCCCAUCCACAGACAAUCUGCGACAUGGCCUAAUAACAAAUGCAAACCAUGCCAUGAAGAAAGGCUACAAGAAUAUCAAGGAUCAGAGCACUGUUGAUGAAGAAGAAAGUUUGGUUGUUAUUCACUGUAUGGGAGAUCCAUUGCAGAAGAACAGAGCUCUAGACAGCAUUGACAUUGCAUCUACCAUCACAACUGAUACAGAAAUUGAGAAACAGCGUUACAAUUCCUCACAGCAAGCUUUAACCAUGCUUAUUGAAAGUUUGAGAAAAAAUGGUGACAUCAGUCGCCAAAAGGAAGAAGCUGCCCUUAAGGAGUUUAUGAGGAAAGUCAAAGAAAUGGAAGCUAGCAUGGAGAAUCAGUACAAAGUUGCCAUGGAGGAGGUGUUUAGAAUGAUUAGUAUAAAGAAUAAGGAACAAAUAUCAAUCAUUUUGAAGAAACAAAAAGAAGAAAAGGAUAAAUUGGAGAGACAGAUGAAUACUGCCUCCGAUGAGGAGAAAGCAGAAGUGUUUGAAAUACUGAGAAAAGAGCAUGAUAUUCAGCAGCAAGAUGCCGUCCAUUUACUGAAACUGGAACAGGAUGAGGAGUCGGAGAAACUAAGGAAGGAAUUUUCUAUCAAAAAGAGAGCUGCAGUUAAAGAUAUACAAAGGCAAUGUCUGUCACAGAUUGUUGAACAAGGAGAACUGAACCAACAGCAAGCUGACUGGAUAAUAAAUGAGCAUCAGAAAAACCAGGAGAAGGUUGAUAAGAUCUAUGAUGAUGAGGUAUCCAGACAGAGAGCCGCACUGGAGGAGAAGUUGACCAGACGAAGGAUGCUGGCCAGUAUGGCGGAUGGCGAGGAGGAUGAGUAUAGCGAGGUGCUGAACACGUUGGCAGAGCAGGAAUUGCAAGUGGUGCAAAAGUUGGAAAAACAAGAAAUAAUGGAUGAAGAUGAUGCAGAACGAUACAGAGAAGAAAUUGCAAGGGAGAUGCUGGCAGCCAAGAACAGAUAUGACACUGAACGUGCCAGACAGGAAGCUGAGUUAAAGAAGAGAUUGAGAGAAGCUAAGAAACAAAAGUUGGCUGAGAAGGCAAAAUUCCAACAACAAGAAUUGGAUGAGUUACAAAAGAAACAAAAAGAAGAACAGGCACAAGACAAUGUUGAUCCUAUAGCCGUAAUAGAAAAACAAGCAAUAAUGACUUCAAAACACAGGGCUGAGAUGACAGAACUAGAAAAUCAAAUUGACUUGGAACAGACAAGAGAACUUCUGACAUUACGUGAAAAAGUCACAGAUGAGACAAAAGAACAAUUAGAAACCAACCGCCAAGCAUUUUUGGAUAAGUUGAAGAAUAACGGCUUCAUGGAGGAUGACCAAAUCAAACAGAUACUUAAACAGCACAAUUUACAAUUGAAUAAGCUUGAGCUGGCACAACAGACUGAUAGAGAGAAGCAGCAAGAAAACUUACAGAGAAAGUUAAAAGAAAAGAAAAAAGAGUUGCAACAAAGAAGAGAAGCAGAAAAGCUGGAGCAAGAACAAAUCAGAGAAUAUGAAAAGAAUCUGACAAAGAAAAUGCUUGAUAACCAAGUUGCAGUAUCUGAUGAAGAGAGAGAUAGGAUUAUGAAGGAACAUGAGAAACAAAUGGUGAAGCUGGAAAAUUCACUGACUCUUAAUAAACUGCACCAGAAGAGAAUGUUGGAGAAAAAGUUGACUGAGAAAAGAGCAAAGCACAUGGAAACACUUGAGAAGAAGCAGUUAAAAGAAACAAAGAGAGUAGAAAAGAAACUGAAGACUGCUGAUGAGGAGGAAGAGGAACAACACCAAGCAGCUAUUGCUCUGAUGAGGAAACACGCUGAACAGAAGCUGGCUGUGCUUCAGGGAGACAAAUUAAAACUGGAAGAAGAAAUGGAGCAGAUACGUGAAGAUAUGAUCAAGGAGCGUGCUGCUGCUCUAAAAGCUCAAGAGGACCAGCUGGGGGCCAUGGUGGCAGAAAUGCAGCUGAAGAAGGCAGAAGAGCUAUCUAAAAUUGAUCAACAACAGAAGGCCAUUUUCAACUUAAAAUCCAGUUUAAUGGAGGAGCUAAACACCCAGGGAGUAAUGUCUGACCCUGACACUCAGAGAGUGCUGGAGAAACACCAGGAACAGCAGGAACAAUUGAAUAAAAAGCUAGAGCAACAAAAGGAAAGGCAACAGAGGCUGCUCCAAGAGAAAUUAAGUGAAAAAAUGAUGCAGAGAGAGAAGACUAUGAUGAUGGAGCAUGAGGACCAACUCAAAUCUCUCCUCCAAACUACUUCCAACAAAACUGCAGCCAGGUUCAAGGCCGUGUCGCUGAAGAUAAAACAGGCAGCCGAGCUAGAGGCUAUGAAAAAUGACGCAGUCACAGAAAUGAACCAGAAGAUUGAGAGCAUGAAAAGAGAAUUCAAUAUGAAGCACAUGCAGGCCGUUCAACAGAAGGAACUUGAAUUUAUAAGUGGUCUUGUGAAGGUUGGUCAAUUCAAUGAGAAGGAGGUUGCUGACAUGAUCAACUGGCUCUUCCCAAUGAAGGACACCGAGGAAAAGAAUAAGCUUCUCCAGAUGGUGUAUCAAGGGGAUGAUGCCACCAAGAAAAAUGAAAGGCCUAAAACUGGACUUGGAGAGCGAGCACGUUUGGCAACACUAGCGCAUGUCACACCAGAAUCUUCCAGAAAAACUAAGUCAGCCAAGAAAAGUGCCAAGAAAAGAGAGCCCAGUGCCAGUGCAAGAAGAAACUCUGGAUUAGAUGAAGAGGGGGGUUUGCCACCAGUGUCAGCCAAAGGUAGAAGGAAAGGCUCAGCACAAAGACGAUGACAAGUAAUUUCAAUGCUGAAACAUUCCAUUUGAUGUAGAUAUAUAGUGAACUUUCACCAAAUAUUGUUAAUACCGUUUUAUUUAUUAUUUUAUUGUGAUGGCAUGUGGAGAAAGGUAUUGAAAGAUGUUGAAGUUGGUUUACUUAUUACAGAUAUGUAAAAUAUGUCUGUAGAGAGCAUAACACUUAGAAUGUGUAGAAGUUUUAAUUAAUUCAAUACCAAGUAAUAUGAAUGAUUUAAGCUGCAUGCAUAUGUGCAGAUUUAUCUCAUAUUUAUACACCAUUAUUAGAGAUGAUUAUUGUAUAGUUUUACAUUUGUGUAAUAUAUUAGUACUUAUAUAUAUUAAGGUAUUUUGAUUAUAAAUAUUUUUACAAAGUAUUGUGGAUUUUUACAGUUGCUAUUGUAUAUAUUUUACACUAUUACUUUGGUCAAGUUCAAACAAAUUUACAUCAUGUCUGUGCCUACAUUUUUUUUUGUUUGGAUAUAAGAUUGUGCAUAGUACCCAUCCAAUAAGUGAUUUUAAGAUAACAUUCCAUUUUCAUACUGAUGUUUAAUUUGUAGCUAGUUGUACAUAUUGACCUGCCAUGUAUUGUGUACACAAUAAAUGUCAGGUAAUGGCUUUUUU